AUGGAUAUAUCAGAGCAAAAUGCUAACGAGCUCUCUGAAACUGAAAAGACUUUAAAAGUAAAAAUACCAAAAGUGUUGAAAAAUAUCCUAGCAGUAAAUGGAUAUACUUCACUGCGCUUAAUUGCGAAAAUGACUGACGAAGAUGUUGAAAAUGUAGAAAAAUUAUCAAGGGAGGUUUUACCAAAUUUAAUUGAGCUGGGUCAGCAUAAAGAAUAUUUUGGAAUUGUUCAAUUGAUUGGUUCUCAUCAAUUCACAAUUAGAAGAUUUGAUGAGCAAGAAAUCGAGAAAAAAAUACAAGAAAUUGAAAAGAAAUAUAAAAUGACUUUUCAUUAA